GCUCCCCUUCCAUGUUUUCCUCACACAACCAAAACCCCACAUCUCAUUUCUCUCUCCAACACCCAAUACAUCAGAGAAAGAGCUUAUCUCAUUUUUAAUCCCACAAGAUUAUCAAUCAUCACCAAUGGCAGGAGUUGGAAAGAGGGCUGCUGACGAUUUUGAAGACUUGCUGCCGGUGAUGGCGGAUAAGCUCGGCGGCAAGGGGCUGAUAAGAGAGCUGUGCAACGGGUUUCAGCUGUUGAUGGACAAGGACAAAGGGGUCAUUACGCUGGAGAGCUUGCGGAGGAACUCUGCCCUGCUCGGUCUGCAGAACUUUAGAGAAGAUGAGCUUGUGAGCAUGGUGAGGGAAGGUGACAUGGACGGUGAUGGUGCUCUGAACCAGAUGGAGUUUUGCGUUUUGAUGUUCAGACUGAGUCCUGAGUUGAUGGAAGAGUCUUGGACUUGGCUUGAGCAGGCCAUGCAAGAGGAGUUUAGUGAUGAUAACAAGAGACCCUAAUUUCUUGAUCAAUUUUGAUUUGUUAGUUGAUCAAGGAGAAGUUUUACUUUUACUUGGGUUAGGUGCAUGGUUUUUAUUUCAUGGUUUUACUUUCAACGUCAUUCGUCCAGAAAAAGUCAAAUUUGGAAAAUACAGAGAAAUAACACCUUCUUUUAGUUGUAAUUCUUGGACUUGAUAAAUAUUCUUGUUUGUAUAUCAA